AUGUUGCCGAAGUUGUGUAGCACUGUGGGUUUCGUGUCCCGAUCCACGCUUGUUGCCAAAACCCUUCCCACUAAACGUUUACCGACCUCUGGUCAGGCUUGUUAUACUCCAAAUACAAUCAUUGGAUUUACUCAUCACUCGGCUAAUAAUGAGAACCGGAAGUGGUCUAACAAAUUUGAUUUCCUGACAGCUUUUUCAGUUGGCACUUUGUCUGCGUUUUUCGCCUUCCGGAAACGUGACGAAGAUUCAGAAGAACGGAAGAACGAGAAAACGGACGUCGUCGAAAACGGGCAAAGGAUUAUCCACCUUUCUGAAGUGCAGAAACACAAGUCGGUGGCAGACGGAGGAAUUUGGGUCAUAUUUCAAGGAAAAGUAUACGAUGUUACUAAUUUUGUUGAAAAACAUCCUGGUGGGGACAAAAUACUAUUGGCCGCAGGGUCAGAUGUCGCGCCGUAUUGGAGAUUGUACGCUUUUCAUCACGAAAAACACGUUAUAGACAUCCUCAGAGAGUACUAUAUCGGAGAUCUCCCGGAAUCGGAAGCCAACUUUACUGAGCAUGAAGAAAGAAGUGGUCCUUAUGCCAAUGAUCCUGAGCGGCAUCCUGCGCUUGUCACCAUAUCCAAAGAGCCGCGCAACGCAGAGACUCCAGCCGUGUUAAUUCCCGAUUAUCCGAUAACACCCAACGAACUGUUCUUCGUUCGAAAUCAUCUACCAGUUCCCGAUAUAGAUAUCAAUAAAUACCGUCUGGAAAUCAAAUCAUCGAACCUAGUGGAUUCAAAAGGAAAACCACUGGAACUGAGCUUAAAAAUAGACGAUCUAAAGAAAAACUACCCCGUACAACGCAUCGUGUCGACGGUCGUAUGUGCUGGCAAUCGGCGGUCACAGAUGGCUAAAGAAGAUCGCGCGCGCGCGGAAACUUCUCAAGGAAAACCACUCAUCCGCGGUUUGGAUUGGCAACAUGCUGCCUUGUCUACAGCGGAAUGGACAGGCGUUCGAUUGGUGGAUUUGCUGGUAAGACAUCUUCUACCAGAAAGUCAACGGACUAACUACAUGGCAUUGUUAGAGGCCGCUCAAAGAGCGAAAAUCCAUCACGUUCAGUUUGAAGGUGCGGAUUUCGACGAAGUUGUGGGCGGUGCUUAUGGGUCAUCCUUACCAAUCGCUUGGGCUCUUGAUCCACGAAUGGAUAUUUUGCUGGCAUUUGAAAUGAAUGGGCAGCCAAUUCCAAGAGACCACGGUUUUCCGGUGCGCGUUAUUAUUCCAGGUUCGAUUGGGGCACGUCAGGUGAAGUGGUUAACAAAGAUUACACUGUCAAACGAGGAGAGUCAGAGUUACUAUCAGCAGACGGAUUAUAAGCUCGGCUACGUCUUGGGGGGAAACGAGUGUCCGGAUUACAGACGCAUACCAGCCAUCCUUGACUACCCGGUUCAGUCGGCGAUUUGCUCUCCCCAAGAUGGGCAAUCACUGGAAAACGAAGGGUCCAUUACAGUCCGGGGGUACGCAUUCAGUGGAGGGGGUCGAGGCAUUCUCUCCGUGCGGGUCUCUGCUGACGGCGGGAAGACUUGGCACGAUGCAACGCUCGCGCCCGUUAGUCCUCCUACGGGAGUUGAUCCGGAGGACCUGCCCCCUGGAGAUCUUGCUCUGGCACAUCGAACUCAUCGCCAGUGGGCGUGGACACUUUGGGAAACAGAACUUCCAAUCCCAGCUGACGCGAAAGAAGUUGAAAUUAUCUGUUGUGCUCGGGAUUCAUCAAAUAAUGUCCAACCGGAAAGAUGCGAAGGAUCUCUAAACGUCCGUGGUCUGGUGACCAAUAGCUGGCACCGAGUGCACGUUCACAUUUUGGAUCCCAACGAAAAAUAACUUUUCCACCUCAAAUUGUUUGUAUUACCUCUCUUUGAUUUUUCCAUCUGUCGUCUUAUCACUUCUACUUUGUAAUAACCAUGGUUGACAUUUUUUGCUAAGAUCAUUUGAAAUUCAUCAACGGAUUACGUACCGUCUUUUUUGCUUAUCCAAUUCUGUCGAAGGAUGUUUCCAACGGGAAAA